AUGGCUGACUACGAGCGAAGCGUACUCGAAUUCUACGGCCUACCAAACCCAUACCCAAAUGAAUGGCCAGACGAAAAGAACAACAGCGACGGGUCAGAUGCGGAGGAGGAGAAGCAGACAAAGCUGGGAAGGAGAAAAUCCAGAUAUCAGGCGCUUGAGAGGGCCGUGAGCGACCGCAGGAGCACCAUACCUGGCGCUCAGUCUGAGAAGGGAGGAGUAGGGAACAUUGUCCAGAAGGAUGAGCCAGAUCCGCUGGGCACAACCGACAGCGUUGUGAGGACACUGCGCCAGCUCGGUGUGCCCGUUCAAGAUGACGCACGUCUUCGCAACCGCUUCCUUCUCUCGUCGACGACCUUUUCCCCCGCGCUCUUUUUGUCGCAGAUGCAUGCCACAGCAGACACCCAAAGCCUGCUCAUGGGUCUUGAUGUUCUCUCCCAAUCCAUCGACCAGAAGUCAGCCUCUCUGAAAGUCUUGGUGGAAACAAACUUCGAGCGCUUCGUCAAGGCCAAAGCAACUAUAGAUAAUGUCUACCGAGAGAUGAAGUACCGUGGGACGGAGCCACCUUCGACACCAGGACGACACCAACGCGGCCAUUCUCGACAUGCUAGCAGGAGUAGUUUCCGGAACAGCAGCGGUGGCAUGGCACUGGCUGGCAACUCGAUGGCAUCUCCUGGAGUCGACGUACGAAAGAAAAACGCCAUCGUGAAGGAGAGCGAGUACGGUGUAAUGGGCAUCAAGGGUCCGCUCCUUGAUGUCUCGGCCAAAGCCGAGGAUGUAUGGGGACCAGCGCUUGGCGGGCGUGAGAAAGAAGAGAACCUCAGAAUUGUGUCUAGUCAACUGGACCAGUUCAAAGACUGUGUAGAGCUGAGUGCCUCCAUAUCGGACAGCAUCAGACGACGUGACUACGAAAGCUUGGUGGAGGAGUACAACAAGGCGAGGCGCUUUGCGGAUCAAGCCCGAAACCUGGCGCAGUCGAUUGGUUCCGAUGCCGCCAGCGACACUCAGCUGUACAAAAUCUUGGUUGCUGCCAGGAUGUGGCAUGACGUUGACGAGCAGGUCCAGCAGUUCAGGCGCGACAACUUCAGAAGGCUCAUCUCCCUGCACACCCUCUCCAAAGCAGAGAUCAAGGCUGCUGGACAGUCACAGGACCAGCACAUCGAGUUGAUUGGCUUGCUAUUGGAGCUCGGCGUUGAGGACAACCCAAUUUGGCUAUGGCUCGCAAGUCGCUAUGAUUACCUCAAGGGGAAGAUUCAGCUCACUGCUGACCGAUCCAAAGUUGAGAUUGAGGUCCUUCGACGCCGACUUGCGAACGGUGAGAAGCCGGCGCCGCAUCUCAUUGCGUCACACCUCCGAGCUCUGGGACACCAGUCGGUGGACAACAAGUCGUCAUCACUCGACACAGCUGACAUAAUCGAGCUAUGGGAGAAAAUGGUCGUCUUCUUAUCAAGUCUGCUCUCCUCGACCGGCAUCCUCGGCGAAGUAGUCGAAUUCUGGACCACUGUUCAGGGCUUCGUGGAAGGCACAGCCCAACGAACACUACCUGGUGGUUACAAUGGAGAAUCGCGGGUGCAUCACAGGCUUUCAGACCAGGCUGUCACCGACCUGCGGAAGGGCGUGGUCGAGCUUGUCGACAUGAUUCGCGAAACAGUGUUCACAUUCUUCGCAGGCCCUCCACCAGAGGACAUCUCCCUCCUGUUCUCGCCGCUUCCCAUGUCUCCCAACACCCCCAAAUCAGCCACCAUGUCGGGCUCUCUGACACCCAACGCAAUGCGCGAUCCUCGGUUUAAUUUUGAUGUCAAUAACAUCCCGCCGCCAUCCCCCAAGAGGGGUGAUGCCUGGGAGAAGUUUGCCUUCUGGCCACCAUGGUCAAACUCAGUCAGUGGCGUCCACUACCUAUCCAAGAUGCUUGCCCUCGUAGGAUCCGGUGCUUCUGACCUGGCGAGCAUCAACCCAGUCCAGGCCGGGGAUGGCAGCACGCUGGAAAGGCUCAGGACACUUGUUGGAGCAGCUCGAGAGAGGUGUGCGACUGCAAUUUGCGGUGCCUGGAACAAGGACGCAGAGAAUAUCAAGUACGUCGAGGACUGGUACAGAUCUCCCGAUCUCGGAGAUGUCACGAGAAUGCCGUCCAGUUUUGCCACCUUCGAAGGCGCCCUGUUGGCGGGCAUGCAGAAGAUUUUGUACAUUUCCGAGGCCAUGGCCAAGCCUGGCGCAGGGGAUAUUGUCCUCCCGCCUCCGUCCAAGCUGCUCCAGAUGGUCCGAAGCCAAUACGUCUCCACACUGUACAAGGCACUUAGCGGCAUGGUCGAGAAUGCUGAGCGUGCUGUGAAGAAGGGCGACGACGAAUGGACCACCGAAGCCGAAAAUUCAAUCGCGACGACUGCGCCGCCUCCAGCAAACGGCGGGCGUGGUACCCUCGACGCAGGCAACCGGAACAUCCGCAUGCUUGUCACCCUCAGUAACCUGCAAGCCCUCCGAUCUCAAGUUGUGCCGAGCCUCAACACGCAAUUCGAGAACGCCUUCUCCGUCAAGCUGACGGAUGAGUCUAAAACGAUUCGCGACGUCCUGGGACAAAUUGACGCCCGCCUCUUCCAGUCGUACACACGCUCUCCCCUCGAGCUGCUCCGCACCACCGUCCGCAACGGCAUCGCGACCCGUGACUGGGCUGCCACUUCCGGCGACAAGCCCGGUGAGGCGAACCCCUACGUCUAUGAGAUUCUACUCACCCUCGUCCUCAUCCACUCCCAAGUCUCUACCACGGCACCUGCCCUCGCCUCCCAGGUUCUAUCCUAUCUCCUCGAGCAGACGACGCGCGAGCUCCUCGAGGCCUUCCGUUCGCACGAACGGUUCACUCUAGCCGGCCUCAUGCAAGCAACCCUCGACGUCGAGUUCAUCGCCCAAACGCUGAGCCAGUACACCACGGACCGCGCCUCUCAGCUGCAGAGCGAGAUUUACCAGGAACUCGAUGCCCGCACCGACAACGACGCGCGUGCGAGACUGCAGAGCGAGCUGCCUGAGAUGCGAAGCGUGCUCAAGCGCCUGCGUGAAGCGAGCAAAAGCGAGUUUGCCUGCUUCAAGAAGCUCAAGAAUCGACCUGCAGGCGGGCCAGGCGGCGGUAUCGAGAGGCGGGAUACGGGCGGGUCGACUGUUUCCAACGGGAGCAGCACCGGGCCAAAGAAUUAG